AUGUCUUCACAGCAGCAGCAGCAGCAGCAGCAGCUAAUGCUAAAUGCACGCCGACAUCAAAUGCAGAUAAUCGCUGCUAAGCAACGGGCGAGCGCCACCAGCAGCAGUGCAAGGCAGCAAAUGCAAGCUCGGACAAUGGGGUCAAAAUAUGAUGACCUUCCCAUACUAGAGCCGGCUGACAUUACCUUCAUCGGCGAAAAUCCGAAGUCUGUUGGUGAAGUUCCCGCCUUCUUUGGGUCCUUCGAAUCUGCCUGCCUGCGCGGCCCCCUUUCCGUGAUUCAGUCCAUUGUCUCAACCGAGACUCUCACGCCCGCUUUUCUUCACCAUGGUCUCACACGCGCCUUACGCUCUGGCAAUAUUGAGGUUGCUCGUUAUCUCCUCGAUAGUGGUGCACCAAUUGUUCGCGAAACUCCAAGUAUUAUCUUAUUUGCACCUUUGGAACGACAAAUUGCACUCUUUGAACUCUUUACCCAGCAUGGAUGGACUCCCAACACCCCAGGUUAUUAUGGUAAUACCAUCCUCCCUCGGACUAUUAAGAAUCUCCCUCUUCUUCGUUGGUUCCUGGACCAUGGAGCCAAUCCCAACCUCGGGGCACAGCAACCCAGCCAUGAUAGGUGUGGUGGGCCAGAUACUUCCUCGUGCGACGCACUCGAGGCAGCAGCAGUCCAUGGAGGGGUUGAGGCUGUGCGUAUGAUUCUAGAUGCAGGAGCUAAGAUCCAAAACGGUGUACCACUACACUAUGCCGCUGGGGCUUGUCCUCCCGGCAAGAAUCCACAUGCUGGUCGUGUGGUACCUAGUCGGGAAUUUGAUGCUAGCAGGAUUCCAGUAAUGGCACUAUUGGUUGAGCGUGGGGCUGAUGUUAAUCAGAGAGAAGAGUCACGGCACAUGGUCGCUCAGUACGCAAUUGUGUAUGCGGUGAUGGCAGGCGCAGUUGAGCGAGUCAAGUGGUUGUUAGAGCAUGGAGCAGAUCCACAUAUGAAGGGGAGCUGGGGUAGCGCAGCUGAGUAUGCACGUAUCACGGGAAGUGAAGAAUUAACGAAGGUCAUUGAAGGAUUCAUGAGGGAAAAUUCAUGA